UUACGCUCGCAGCUUGGUCCGGUAGUGAAGGUUGAGGACCAGCAAUGCGAUGGCAAACACCACGGACAACACGGUGAACAUCCAGCCGGCGAUCGGGCUGAUGUUAGGGAUGAAAGAGAGAGCUUGCUGGACAAUCGGUAUCACAAAUUGUAGGGACCAGAGGGUGAAGAACAAUGUGAAGCCUGCAUCGACACACAGAGCGGCAUACAUAUGUGAUGACAGCACGGGAAGGGCCGUGUUUCUUGCCCGUGCUCCAAUGGAGGAUCUUUGUCUCGUCCAGGGGCCACGCCUACAGCCAUCCAUGUAAGAGCAAAGGGGCAAUCGGAGGCCUUUGUUCCACUUCUGCGUCUGCACACCUUGAAGUACGCAAAAAUGGGGUUGAUUAUGAGGCCGACGGUGCCCCAAAAACAGCUAGAGCCGUCGCUUCCACAGUUGAACACGCCAUCAGACCAACGACCUGCACCACGCAACGGCGCAAACAAGCGAAAGUUGAGGCCUAGUGGAGUCUUCCCCCUCUCGUCCACCCACCCUGCCAUUCAAGGUCUCGUGGGUCGUAAGCAUGAGCUCCUCCAGGCUGAUCGGGUGUUCUUCCCUCGGGUCCCCCAUAGGUGACGACGGGUGCGGGAAGGGGAGUGGGCUGGCCGGAGUAUGCCAU